GUGCUGCCGAAGCGAAAAAUCAAUAAUAUCACAAGCGUCACACGUCACAACUAAGUAGAUACCAAAAAGCGUUUGAGUGAGUGAAUGAAAGCGGAAAAACCCGCAGCGACUCAUCAUUAACAAUAUGUCUACUCAACAUAACGGCGCUUCCAGCUUUGUGCUGUUGGCAAUUUUAUUGCUUGGCAGUCAGCAACAUGUUAAUGCUUUUAGUCCAAUGUCGAAGGAAAACAUAUUCGCCGAUGUACUACUUACCGAAUUGCUAAACCGCAUGGACAAGGAUAUUGAUCCGGUGCAAAAUUACUUCGAUUUACUUUCAGAUGCACCCAAAAGUGUUGAUUUAGUGUCACGUUCUUCGAAGAACAACAACGAUGGUCCAGAUGAAUACGAAUACCGUGCCAUGUUUGGCUCGCAUCCGUCCAUACGUGACCAGGAGUACUUACAGCACAGCACUUUGUGGGGCCAUCAGUACAUAAACGGUGGCAUGGGUGAGAUGCCAAAUCGCUUCCCAGCCAUCAAGACCGAUGCUACAUUGCCGGCCUACUGCAAUCCCCCAAAUCCCUGUCCAUAUGGCUACGAGGAGAGUCAGGGCUGUAUAUCUGAUUUCGAGAAUACGGCAAUUUUCAGUCGCGAAUUCCAGGCUGCACAGGAGUGCACCUGCGACAAUGAACACAUGUUCGAUUGCGCCGGCCAAGAUAGCAAUGCUAGCGCCAAUGAGAUGACUUCGACUAUGGAAAAAUUCUUGAUGCACCAAUUUCAGAAUGAGAAUGGUAUUGACAAUCCCAACGCUGUGGUGAAGAAAUUCUAUGGCUUUGCUGCUGGAAAACAUGGCGGCCCAAAUAAUCCAUUUUUGCAGGGCGAGAAGCUUCCCAUAGCCGCCAAAAAAGGUGAUCAUAUCAGGGCUUAGGUUAAGUGCAAAUAUUAAGUGGAAUUUGUUAAUAAAUGUUAUGUACCAUUCUAUGUCUCUUUGUGCUGUUGAAAUAUGUAUGUGUGAUACAUGUUGCUGUGUGGUUGUAUACACGAACAUAUUAUAUGAGACACAAGCGUAAUAUUAUGCGCCAUUUAUUUUACUGUAAUUACGUAGAGUUAUAAGUAUUGUAUUAUGUAGUCAAAUCAUUGUAGACAUUAAAUGUGGAAAACCCAUGUUAUUUAAAAUUAACUAAAACGUGAAAUGGUGAACUCGCUGCUCUCAUGAAAACAAAUUUCAAUUGGAAUGAAAAUAAA